UCGAUUUACAUUUCUAAAAAUAUCAAAAGAUAUAUAUAUUUUUUUAAAUAAUAAUAGUAUAAUACCAUCAAGACAUUCUAAGACAGAGGAAAAUGUGAUUAGUAACUAAUCCCACCCUUCAAAUAGUAUUAGUGUGUUAAUCACCACUGAUUAACGAAGUUUAAGACGGCCCCUUAAUUUCCCCAAUUAUUGAGGGGGAAAAUUACCAGUUUAAAAAGAUGAAGAAAUAUAAUUUAUAAAAUAGUGAAAUAAAAUUUAUUUUAUUUAUAUAAUAAAAAAAUAAUGUCAAAAUUCGACCCUUACGAUCACCUGAAAGUUUUCCCCAAUCCAGAUGGUUCACUCACGCGCUUCCUGAAGCUCCCGAGCUCCACCGCCACCGGCGACGUCGACGGCGACGACGGCGGCCAAGCUCAACAACACGCCGUCCUCAGCAAAGACAUCACACUGAACGCCGACAAGAAGACAUGGAUGCGGAUCUACCGCCCGGCGAAGCUCCCCUCGUCCGGCAAGCGCCUCCCGGUGAUACUCUUCUUCCACGCCGGCGGCUGGAUCCAGAUGAGCAUCUCCGACGCAUUGAACCACGAGACCUGCAACCGCCUCUCCGCCGACGUAUCCGCCAUCGUCGUCUCCGUCGAGUUCCGGAUCGCGCCGGAGAGCCGGCUCCCGUCGCAGUACGACGACGCGUUGGACGCCGUCCUGUGGGUGAAGAGCCAGGCCGGCGACCGCGACCGCGGCGAGAGGUGGAUCCGCGACCACGGCGACCUAGAUCGGUGCUACCUGUACGGCGUGAGCUGCGGCGCCAACAUCGUGUUCAACACGGCGCUCCGGAUGAUGGAGAUAAAGCCGCCGCCGAUGAGAGUCGCCGGCGUCGUACUCAACCAGCCGUUCUUCGGAGGGAAGAAGCGGACGAAGAGCGAGCUGAAGCUCGCCACAGAUCCGUAUUUCCCGCUGCCGGUGAUCGAUCUGCUUUGGGAAUUGGCGCUUCCGCCGGGUACGGAUCGGGACCACCGGUUCUGCAACCCGUUCGUUGACGGGCCGAUGAAGCAGAAGGUGAAGAGUUUGGGGAGGUGUCUGGUGAUAGGGUUCGGCGGCGAUCCGCUAAUCGAUCGGCAGCAGGAAUUUGUGCAGAUGCUGGUGGAGCAAGGGGUGCAGGUGGAGGCGCGUUUCGACGAUGUCGGAUUCCAUGGAAUUGACAUGAUCGACACCAGAAGGGCAACCGCCAUUCUUAAUUUCAUCAAGGAGUUCGUCGUUUGAUUUUUAUUUAUUUUUUUAUUUUAUUUGUUUUUUUUAGUAAUAUUUAUUUUCUUUUUUGGAUUU